CCCCGUCUCCAGAAAAACCCUAGCGAGAGAGUUUCGUAAACCCGGCGGCGAAGAUGAAGUACAACCCAAGAGUCACCUCCUCUCGCAGGAAGAACCGCAAGGCCCACUUCACAGCCUCAUCGAGCGAGAGACGCGUCAUCAUGAGCUCACCACUCUCCACCGACCUCCGCCAAAAGUACAACGUCAGAUCCAUGCCUAUCCGCAAAGACGACGAGGUCCAGAUCGUUCGUGGGACCUACAAGGGACGUGAAGGCAAAGUUGUCCAGGUGUACCGUCGCAAGUGGGUGAUUCACAUCGAGAGGAUCACGAGGGAGAAGGUGAAUGGAACGACCGUGAAUGUCGGAGUUCAGCCUUCGAAGGUUGUGAUAACGAAGCUUCGUUUGGACAAGGACAGGAAGUCGCUUUUGGAGAGGAAGGCGAAGGGACGUGCUGCUGCGGAUAAGGACAAGGGGACUAAGUUUACUGCUGAGGAUGUUAUGCAGAACGUUGAUUAAGUCGAAAGAGUUUGUGUAAGGGUUUUAUCUUUUUUAAGUGUUUUUAAAAUUUUGUUUUGUCGGAUGUUAUGUUUCGGACAUGAGUACUUAUCGUUUCAGUUCAUUUUGGAUUAUGAGUUUCACUCUUUAGCCAUUUUCUAUAUUUUCUUUGAUGUUUUUUUUUUAUAUUUGAAUGUUUGCUUGUGGUUUAGAUUGAUGUGUGAUCAUAUUGACUCGAUUUAGGGAUUGUUCAUUUCAUGAGUUUUGUUAGUGUUGAUUUAGAGAUUUAGUGACAUUGAUUGGUAACUAGUGCUUCCAUUACGAAAAGCUGAAUUGAUUCGAG